AUGCAAGGGAAUGAAAAAGAAAAUCUGCUAAGAAUAUACUACCAGUCAUUAUUUCCUGUAUACGAUAUUAUGAGGUGGCUUCGGUAUGUUAAAACCAGAGAAUUCUCAUUUACUCUGAUGAAUGAGAUAUACAUACGGUACAUAACAGUAAAUACAGCAGAAGAAUUGGGUAUACGGCUGGUCACAGAUACACCACAGAAAUUAGACAUAGGGGGUGUUUAUGUGCAUAAACCAGCUGCUGUUACAAGUAAUAAUGCGUGUAUGAUUAAAGAACUUGUUUUUGACAUAGAUCUGACCGAUUACAGCAGGAAGUGUUGUACAGAUAAGGAUAUGUGUGAGUUAUGCUUUCCCUUGAUAAAGUGUGCUGUGGAAGUACUUGAGAAUAUACUUAAGAAUGUGUUUGGGUUUAAGCAUAUACUAUUCGUGUUUUCUGGUGGGCGGGGUGUACACUGCUGGGUGAGUGAUGCAGUUGCACUGACUCUCUCAGAUAAAGACAGAGUUAAUGUGACUGAGUAUAUUAACUCCAUACAAAAAAGAGCACAUCCUGGGAUUGAAGAAAUACUUAAAAAGUAUCGGGAUAUCAUGAGUAUGGAUAAGGAUACAUCUAUUACUGACUUAUAUUCAGAACUAUUCCCUAAAUUAGAUGUGAAUGUGACCAAGCAGACUAAACACCUUCUUAAAUCUCCAUUCUGUAUUCAUCCUAGGUCUGGACGGGUGUGUAUACCCAUUGACAUUACAGAAAUUGAUAAAUUAUCCUUAGAAAGUGUACCUACAGCAGAGAGUGUAGUAAGGAAUAAGAGUCAUUUAAUGCCGUACAUAAAAUACUUCCAGAGUUACAUAUCACAAAUACAGUGAAAUAUACAAUUGGUAUAUUAAGGUAUAAUAUAGUAAUAAAUUCGG